CGUAGAGGGAGGCGGUUGCCCGGGUGAUGGGGGAGCUGUGGAAGACUUUGGCGUUUGUUUACCUCCUUAUGCUUUCCUAAUGACCAUCAGUGCUCCUUUAGCCAGGGUGGUGUCUCGUAGCUAGGGCUUGCUCAAUCCACUAUGGGCACGGCCUCCUCACUUGUGAGCCCUGGAGAUUUGAUUGAGGACGGCUAUGGUGCCGAAGGUGGCGAGGCGUGCGAGAUCCCUGUGGAGGUGAAGCCUAAGGCACGGCUCCUGCGCAGCUCAUUCCGGCGUGCACCGCGGGGAAUCGGAGCCAGCUUCAAGUCCACUGGCUCCGUGGAGCUGGAGUAUGCAGCAGAGUAUGAACGUCUCAGGAAGGACUAUGAGAUCUUCCGCGUUAGCAAGAACAAUGAGAUCGCCUCCAUGCAGAAGAAGGAGGCCAAGCUGGACGAUGAAAACAAGAGGCUGCGUGCCGAGUUACAGGCUUUGCAGAAGACCUACCAGAAGAUUCUCAGGGAGAAGGAGAGUGCUUUGGAGGCAAAGUACCAGGCCAUGGAGAGAGCAGCCACAUUUGAACAUGACAGAGACAAAGUAAAACGUCAAUUUAAGAUCUUCCGAGAGACCAAGGAGAAGGAGAUUCAAGAUUUGCUGCGGGCAAAGCGCGAUCUGGAGUCCAAACUGCAGCAGCUACAGGCUCAGGGGAUCCAGCUCUACGACCCAGCUGACUCAGACUCCGAUGACAACCGCACAAGCAUCACAACUGCAGGGACUCAGUGUGAGUAUUGGAGUGGAGGUGUGUUGGGUAGUGAGCCCUCUUUGGGAAGUAUGAUGCAGCUGCAGCAGGCUCACAGGGGACCAGAGUUUGCCCAUAGUCUCAUAGAUGUAGAGGGGCCCUUCGCCAAUGUCAGUAGAGAUGAUUGGGACGCAGCUGUGGCCAGCCUGCUGCAGGUCUCUCCACAUGUGUCUCAGGUUUUAUGGAGUAAUACAGUCCGCUGUUACCUCAUCUACACCCAGGAGACCAGAGCAGAACUACAUGCCUUUAUACAGACUCAUUCCCCUGGGUUGAAGAGGUUUUGCGAGGGUUUGGGUCAUUUCUACCUGAAUGUGUGUUUUCCCGAGGAGAAGGCCGCUCUGUACACUAAUGAACGCAAGAUGGAGAUUGAGAGGAGCUCUGUGUGUGUGCUGCUACUCAAGUCCUCAUUGUCCAGCUUUGUAGUGAAAGAUGUCGAAGAGGCAUUUGUGAAGUGUCCAGACUCUCGUCCUCUGCUCGUGUAUCUGAAGUUGGGAGACAGGAAAGGGGAGUGUAGCGGAGCAUCCAGUCUCAGCCCAGCCACCAGAGAGCUACUUGAAAGGGUCAACAAUGCAGACAAGACUGCAAAAAUUAAGGUGGUGGACCAUGCAGGCUCUGCAGAGGAUGGAGCAGCGCUUAUUUACACUCAGCUAGAGAAGAUUAUUAAACAGGAAUUGUUAGGUUUGGAGUUGGACGACAGUGGAGUAGUAGAGGAAAGAGAAGAUGUGGACUCUGGAGACGUUCUGUGGGAUCUGCAUGAUGAACAGGAGCAGAUUGAAGCUUUUCAGAAUGUCUGCGGUGCUGCGGGCAACCACAGCUUCCAGAAGUACAUUGAAAGACUGAAUGACAUGGUUGCUGCUCCCCCGCCUACUCCUCCUCUGCUGGUGUCUGGAGGACCAGGCUCAGGCAAAUCUCUUCUGCUUGCUAAAUGGAUAGAGCUACAACAGAAGCACUCCCCCAACACCCUGAUCCUCUAUCACUUUGUGGGCCGCCCUCUCUCCACCAGCGCAGAACCCGUCCUCAUCAUUAAACGCCUCACUGUAAAGCUCUUGCAGCAUUUCUGGUCCAUCUCUGGACUGUCUAUGGACCCCUGCAAGAUCCUAGAGGAGUUCCCACGCUGGCUGGAGAGACUGUCUGCCCGUCACCAUGGCAACAUCAUCAUUGUCAUUGACUCUAUUGACCAAAUACAGAAUGCUGAGCGGCAUAUGAAGUGGCUGAUUGAUCCUCUUCCAGCUAAUGUCAGAGUACUGGUGUCUGUCAACGUGGAGACGUGCCCACAGGCUUGGAGGCUGUGGCCCACAUUGCAUUUGGACCCACUCAGCCCCAGAGAAGUGAGAAGUGUCAUCAACACAGCGUGUGUGAACACUGAUACCAAACUCACAAAAGACCAGGAGAAGAAGCUGGAAGUACACUGCCGCUCUGCUUCCACCUGCAAUGCUCUCUACGUCUCACUGCUGGCCAGACUUCUCACACACUCUAGAUCCUCCUUGUUGUUGGAGAGGACCCUACAUCACUGUGUGUCAUGCCAGGAUACAGUUGCUUUAUACAGACUCUGCCUGAAGGUGGCACUAGAUGUACUUAACACAGACAGAGAAAGGAAUGUCAUGAAAGAGUUAUUGUGCCUGGUAUUUGCCAGUCAUAAUGGCAUUAGCGAAUCAGAAGUGUUGGAGAUGUUUUCAGAGCUGAGUUUCCCUGCCCUCUCCUCUCUGCUCCACAGUCUGCGCGGGCUGCUCAUUGUCACCUUUGGCUGCGGACUCAUACGCUUCCAGCAUCUGCAGGCAUGUGAAGCUGUAAUGCAGGAGUUUCUUGAUGGAGGGAGAUAUUGUGCAUUGUACAGAGAGAAACUCAUUUGCUAUUUCAGCCAGCAACUCAGCCAGAACAGAGUGACAUGGCGUGUUGCAGAUGAGUUGCCAUGGUUACUACAACAGCAAGAGAACAGAAGUAAACUACAGCUCAGUCUGCUCAACCUGUUUGUCUCACAGAAUCUUUACAAAAGGGGACACUUCUCAGAGCUGCUGGCGUACUGGCAGUUUGUUGGGAAGGAUAAGGUGUCCAUGGCGGCAGAAUAUUUUGAUGCUCUGAAGGAAUUUGAGCGGGGCUGUGAGAGUGAAGAGAAAAUGAGCAAACUCGCCAACCUAUAUGAGACCCUAGGAAGAUUUCUGAAGGAUCUUGGGCUGCUCAGUCAGGCCGUAGCCCCCUUGCAGCGCUCUCUAGAGAUCCGUGAGACAGCUCUAGACCCGGACCACCCCAGUGUGGCUCAGUCUUUACACCAGCUGGCUGGGGUGUACGUCCACUGGAGGAAGUUUGGUAACGCUGAGCAGCUGUACAAACAGGCUCUGGAGAUCAGUGAGAAUGCUUACGGUGCUGAGCACUGCAGUGUAGCACGAGAACUAGACUCCCUCUCCCUCCUUUACCAGAAACAAAACAAGUAUGAACAAGCUGAGAAGUUGCGGAAGAGGUCCAUCAAGAUUAGACAGAAAAUGGCGCGGCAAAAAGGGCACAUGUAUGGUUUCACACUGCUGCGUCGGCGUGCACUGCAGUUGGAAGAGCUGACUCUUGGGAAAGACUCAGCUGAUUGCGCCAAAACCCUCAAUGAGCUGGGAGUGCUCUACUACCUCCAAAACAACCUUGAUGCAGCGAAGGUGUUUUUGAUGCGCUCUCUGGAGAUGCGGCAGCGUGUGCUAGGCACAGAUCACCCAGACUGUGCUCAGUCUCUGAACAACCUGGCCGCCCUGCACUGCGAGAGGAGAGAUUACGAGAAAGCUGAGAAGCUGUAUGAAAGAGCGCUGGACAUCCGCAAACAAGCACUCGCUCCUGACCACCCCUCACUGGCCUACACCCUCAAACAUCUUGCUAUGCUCUACAAACGCAGGGGGAAGCUGGAGAAGGCAGUACCUCUAUAUGAGCUGGCUCUAGAGAUCAGAGAGAAGAGCUUUGGGCCCAAACACCCCAGUGUGGCUACAGCGCUGGUUAACCUAGCUGUGCUGUACUGCCAGCUGAAGAAGCACAGUGAGGCUUUACCAUUAUAUGAGCGGGCUCUCAAAGUAUAUGAAGACAGCCUUGGCCGACAGCACCCUCGAGUAGGAGAGACACUCAAAAAUCUGGCAGUACUCAGUUAUGAGGAAGGGGAUUUUGAGAAGGCUGCUGAGCUGUACAAACGAGCCAUGGAAAUAAAGGAGGCAGAGCCAUCUCUGGUUUGUGGGAAAGCCCUCUCCCGGCACUCUUCCAGCAGUGACACCUUUAGCCUACGAGGCCCCGCCCUCCUACCUCACACCUCUAGGUGAUCUCUGGUACAUAAAACUGCUUCGUACAGCCCAGGUGACCACUGACUUGCAGUGAUCAAGAAGUACCAACCUUGGUAUGUUCAUUAAGCUGCAUGAAAUUACGCAUGGGAUGAACUUUGAACAAAGUUUCCAUUUAAUGACCACUUGGCGCGCCAUCUACUUUAUAGGCCCUUGUAGCUUAUAUAAAAAGUAGCCCAUCUGUUGUCAUGCACAAUUUAUUAGUCACCCUCUACAUCAUUUAUCAUUUGUCAGUUUCUGACUAGAGCUUUACUCCAAACCUGAAUACAGCCUGGGAGUCCAAACCUGAAAUGAGCCUAAGAAAAUAUGAAAGGAGGAAGGAUGAACAAAGUAAGGAGAAAAACUAAAGUAUGGGCUGUGAAAACCCAAAUGUGAAAUUUAAACCCAAGAGACAUGUUAAAAAUGACAUCUGUACCUUUCCAACUCGAUGUGAGUAAUUGGGUUGUGUCGGAUUUAAACAAAUAUUUUAAGCUCUUUUUCUGACCACAGAUCCAAUGCAGAUCAGGUAGUAUUUGGGUGGUUAACUAUUUUGAGCGCAGCCUUGACAAAAACAUGGUAGUGUGGUGCUUAGACAUGGGCUGGUAUUCUAUGGAGUUACUUUUGUGCCAGAAGUUUCAAACAAAAUAAUAAAAUCGAUGAGCAAAAUAUUCAAAUGUUGACAUUUUUUCAAAUAGAUUCCUACUCAUUUUCUCUCAUUCUGAUAUAAAUUUAUUACUAAUUUUGCCCUUUUUUGCUGUCAUUUUUUUCUAUUUGAUGAUUUUGCAGAUAUAUUUUUGUUUCUGAAAUUUUUCUUUUGCUUCUGACUUUUGGCACUUUUUACCAGGGGGCAGGUCUUAAAAGAGGGCGUUCAUGUGCACUUUCUAUUGGUCUACUGAUUCUGAACAUGCCCCCAGCUUGGCGGAACACACCGUACUGAGUUCUUGUGUUGGUCCAGUGUUGUACUAAUUUCUGACGUUAGGAGCAAUGUGGGUCAUUAAAUUAUUAAUGUAAUAUAUUUGUGGGUCCUGAAUAAAAGGAUAUCUGUUAUGUCUGGCACUGAUGAACAUAAACUUAGUUGUUUACGAAUGAACAAAGCUGAACCACCUUUCAUAGGAAUCUGUGGUAUUUUGUGCUUUGUUUUUGCCAGUGCUACUUUAUUUCUCUGGACUCACAGCACCACAGAUUCUGCAAUUUCCUGACCUGCUCAUUAAUCAGCUGAUGAGUUGGAUCAGGUGUUACAAGGCAAGGAAGCAGGGUUACUGAUUUAAACAGCUGCAAAGCUCACCUAGUUAGCCCUUUAGCGGAUACUACAAAGCUGGAAAGAUGAUACAGCUUUAUUCAACAGCCAAGUUUACCUAAAAUAUAAAUAUAUACGUGUGUGUGUACGUAUGUGUGUGUGUACGUA